AGAUGCCGAAGGCGACGGUGGUUUGCGCCGCUGCAGACGGCAAGAGUGGAACUUUGGCGGUCAGAUGGUUCACACUCUUCGUUUGUUCCGUCUCAAAAUCUUGUCUCCUGGCUCUGGAUACUCAUCAACAGCAUGCUCCCUGCUACCCAUCGAACUGCCAAUGUUUCAGAAAGGCUCUGGCUGAAAGGGCCUAAUCUUGAGGAAAUUGACAACGUGAUCUGUCGUCGCUCAUCAGUGCUGCACAUGAAAGGAGUCUCUUUAGAGCAACGCUGUGAGCGGUGUAAGGUAGCUGGACAGCUCCUUUCCAUCUAAGGCGACUCCGCUCAGAAUCGCUUAAAUGCAGCAUAAACCGGCUUGAGCAUAUUGGCAGAUGAAAGUGCCAGCCAUCCACCCCUCAUGAGAAACUCCUGUUCACGACUCUCCUCAGCGAUCAAAGAUCAUGCGACUGACCCGGGUCUUCAAGAAGCGCUCACCAAGCAAGGUGGACUCGCUCGCGGAGCGCCGAAUCCCAGCAGAGUGGCUGUAUGACCAAAGCGAGCAACCUGUGCUGUUCGCAGCAGCAGAAAGUCAUGCCGACAAGCACGAUGAUGCCGUGGCCGACAGGUGCGCGGAGCUGGACUUUGAAAGUCACUAUCUGCGCCGACGCAGGUCGUCAGUUUCUUCGGUCGAGACCGGGUCGUCGGUGCCGAGCAGAUCCAGCUGCACAGUCUCCUCUUCUUUCAUCUCCCCCUCGCCGCGAGGAAGCUGGUGUACCCCAUCGCCAUCUUCGCAGCGGGCAUGCGCGGAGCAACUGCUCGACGCCGAUUCACCCUUGCGGCGACACAUCCAAGGCGCCACGGCACGCGAGUGGUCUCCCGGUCUCAUGCGCCAGAAUGCUUGUGGGGACGAAGACGCUUUCGCACCCCAGGAGGCGGCAGAGUCGGAGGCAGAGCCUGACCCUCAGUGGUCGCUCCCAGCCCCACGACCGCCACCGAUGCUGCGUCAGCAUUCGGGCGCUCCAUCCUUUCUAUCGCUUCCACGUACGGUCUCAACCGGUUCGCUGGACGAGCUGUGGUCAACGUCUGAUACCUCUUCUAACGCAAACUUAUCACCGCUUCCUACACCCUUGCGCCCAGCAUUGGCGGGUGUUCAGCACGCCGCGCCACCUGCGCCGCUGGCCUUAUCGCCACAAUCUGCAGCCGAGCGUACAGCGAAUAAGCACUUUCACAGCUUACCCACGAGCCUUGUCUCUGCCAGCAGCAAGCGCCCGACAAGCUUGCUGCACGCCCGUUCGCUGGCACGUGCGGCGGAGAAGGAGCUGCGAAAGUCGUUCAAGGACAACUUCAUGCUCGACCUCGGCGGUAAAGCAGUUUCGCUCGCCAUGAUGCCUAGCCCGCGAGUGGAGCUGCAGAAUCCGCUCUGUGUUCAUCGCCAUUCCGCAAGCGGCGCUGGCUGGAUUUGAGCGGCCGUCGAUAUCACUUCCAACCCCGAGUUCGUCUUUUCCUUCGAGCUUCGCUUCGCCGCAUUGCUACAUCCGCUAUUGCAUCCCAUAUUCUCUUUGCGGGGCCUCCCCAAGGCCUCACUCUCUUUGCUGUAUCGUAGCACAACAUCGCAUCGCAUCGCAUCGCACCGCAC